ACGAUUGCCACCUUACAAACCCAUUUCACAGCACGUGCCACGUCCAAUGCCACGUGUGAGCCUGCAUGGUCCCGUCCCUUCAAGCUAAAUACGCAUCCCUCUAAACAUGCAAACCCAGUGGAGUUUUCUCAAAUUCAACGGGAUCGAUCUGUGUUGUGGGAUCAGUUGGAGAAGAGAAAUAGAGAGGAAAAUAAAUGGAAGGAGUUAAUGUUUCUACACAUCCAGAGAUUCCUGGUGAGCCAACCCAGACAAGAACGGCCCUUCUUGAGAAGGCUACCGCCACUAUUCAAGGCUUUGGCCCUGUUAAUAAAAUUCACCAGCAUCUCUGCGCAUUUCAUUUCUAUGGGCACGAUAUGACUCGACAGGUCGAAGCGCACCAUUUCUGUGGACAUCUGAACGAGGAAUUCAGGCAGUGUCUUAUAUACGACAGGCCUGAUGAUGAUGGGCGGCUUAUUGGGCUAGAAUAUAUAGUAUCUGAACAACUGUUCUUGACAUUGCCAGAUGAAGAGAAGAAAUUCUGGCACUCCCACGAGUUUGAAGUGAAGAGUGGCGUUCUGUUCAUGCCCGGAGUUCCCGGCCCCAUCCAGCGCCAGGAUUUAGAGAAGGUUGCGAAGACUUAUGGUAAGGUGAUUCACUUCUGGCAGGUUGAUAAAGGUGACAAUCUUCCCCUUGGAAUCCCUCAAGUUAUGAUGGCUCUCACUAGGGAUGGUCAGCUGUAUGAAAAUCUUGCUAAAGAUGUCGAGAACCGCUAUGAUAUUUCCUUUGAGAAGGAGAGGGAAAAUCGAGCACACAUCAAGGGCCCUGAUCAUGGAAUACAUCCAUUGGCGAAUGCAGCUGGCAAAGGGCUGCAAACAGUGCUGAAGGAAGUGGACUGCUUCAAGGAAGGGAAGUCUACUUGAGUCUCUGUGCGACUCUAUUGCAGUUAAUUGUAGUGGUGUCUCUCGGUUUUCGUCUUGGGUUGCUAGCAAUAAGUAGUAUGGAGCAAAUAACAUAGCUUCUUCUUGUGCAUGUAUAUUUGUAUGCAUGCACAUGUUUAUGUAAAUAUUUUGCCACUAAUGCAGCAAUGCAUCUUUCUGUACAGCCUUCCCAGUAUUUUC